CAGUCUGGCGUACCAAAACAAAUCAUCCAUCGUUCCGUGCAAUGCGAUCCCACGCCGCCUUACGGCUCUCUCAGCAAGUUUGUGUGAGCCAGCCUGUGAUAGUGUUCAUAGAAAGACUGAAGUUUACAGAUGUGAGGAAUGGUGUCCCGGUGCGAUUCAUGCAGGAGAGAGCACCUAAAUAACGAGCGACUCGCCGGCGGUGGAGCCGAGCGUUAACCCGCGAUCAACAGGACGCUCGCUCCGGUCUGUCCCGACAGACAGCAGCGUGGUUUGGAUGAGCUCAGAUCCCAACCAGCUCACACACAGGUUGGACACACAGACGGCUGCUUGAAGUUGACGAAAAGAGUCUGGCUCCACCUCCUUUCAUAUGAUAUGACAUCACUCUGCGGUUACCACAGAAACCAGGGCUCCACUGCAGACGGUUGACAGCCAAGCAGGUGGUGCGAUGGCUGCCCAGGUUGAGGUUGAUGCUGGGCGGCCAUGUGUGGUUGGGAGUCGUCUGCACCUUAGCCCUCUCAUAGACUCUAGCAACAAGAGCUUGAAGGAGAGUUCAGGUGGCACCCAGGUGCCACUUAUUUUUCCCUCGGAGCCUAACAAACCUGCCCCGGGUCCCAAGCCUAGACUCACCCCAAAACCUUUCACUGUGGAGAAAAAUCCUACUAUACGCCCCAUUCUUGCUCCUAAACCACAGCCAAAACCUGAACCCAGUAGACCAGUUUCCUCCAAACCAGACCUGCCCAGCACACCUAAACCACAGCCAGUCAGUAAACCCAGUGUACCACCUGCCUUUAAAAUGGGCCCGAAGCCCAGUGGGCAAACAAACAAACCUGUGGCACAACCCUUUAAACUAGCACCUACCAUCGCCUUUACGGAUUCCAGCAAAUUUAGAACAACCCAAACCGGGGAUGUGCUGAGAAGAACAAGCUUCGGAGCCUCACCAGCUCGACCCAAAACUGAUUUUCAGGCUUCCACUCCUGGUGCUGAAUGGCCUUUUGCUUCUCGGAAGAAACAGCCUGGCCCUUCAAUCACUCGUGCUAAAUCACUGGGCUUUCUCUCAGAGAUCGGACUGAAUAAUGAGGAGAGUAAAGAGGAUUCUGGUGCCAAUGAUGAGUGUUCUACUGUUCUUUGCCCCGAAUCUAAAGGUUCAAGACCCAGACCGGUUUCAGCUGCGUUCCUCCAAAACCCCACUAUGUCUGAGUUUCAGGUUGUAUCCCCUACACCUGCUCCUCGUUGGACAAAAGGACGACCCCUUUCAUCUGAUCUUACCUCAAAGUUUGAGUCAAUUGGGCUGUCCCUAAACCGGCGACCUACCAAGGAGGACGGCAAAGAAAACACUCCUCAAAUGCCAGAGGGUGUUGGAGCUAAGACUCAAGAGAAAGAACACAGUGCUAAAAAGGCAGAAGGGUCAAAAAAGUCCCCUGUGCUUGAGAAAAGGACUCAAAAGAUUGAAUCAAAAGAUGAGGACUCCAAGAAUGACUCUAAACCUGAGGAGACAGGAGGUAGCAGUAUAAAGAGACGCAUUAGUCUACUCUUGGACUCUUCUUCCUCCUCCUUCUCAGUGACACGUGUGGAUACUCCAGAGACUGAGCCACGCUCACCGGGGCGGUCUGUCUCUGAUACUGAUGGAGCGGUGGGGGUGAAACAGCGAAUCAAAGAACUGACCGAAGAAGUGCCUACUACGCUGUCACCACCCCAGAAGCCACAAUAUAAGCCACGUACCCUAGUAUCUGACCGCACUAAAAGAUUUGAAGCAGAGCUUGAAAGCCAUAGUUCCUAUGAGCUCAAAGGCCCCCAGCAGGUUGAAGAUGAUCUCAACAAAAAGUUUGAUUACUCCACGAUUGAAGGGCAGUUCACUAAACAGGAGGACAGGAAAGCAUCAUCACUAGGUGUUCAAGACUUGCCUACCAACUCUGGUUUUGAUAGGGAUGGAGUGCAAACACUGCGAGCGUCUAUGUUCGAGCAUGUGGUGGAAAGGCAUAAUGUUCAAGUGAUGGAGGAUAACAUUUCACAAGACCCAAGAGCACAGCAGGAAAGCACAAUUAAACCCAUGCCCAGGAGAAAGCACUCUUUGCGUUUUCAAGGUAACACCUUUAAAGCUCUUGAAGAUGAUGAUCCUGGUAGUUUGGUCAAAGCAACCUAUAGAGAACAAGUUUCUCCUUCCAGCCCUGUAUGUGUGGAGCAUGUCUUUGACACUGUGGCUUUGUUUGGAGAGAACCGUGCUGUUAGUGAGGAUUUGCCAACUGCUUCCCUUGAGGACAGAGCUCACACACUGCGUUCUCGGCGAUCAGCUCCUCAAGGUAAAGAGGACAGACCUACCUAUGAGAUAAGAAACCUGCUAAUGGAUGAAGCAGCCACUCCACGUUACCUCAGAGUAGGGGCAUUACCGAAAUGGACUGCCACCGAGGCAGACAGAGAGAUUGAAUCUCAGAUGGAGCAACAGAAAGAGAUGUUGAGAAAGAUGGAAGAAGAGAUACAGAGGCAGACAGAAUUGCAUAUGGCUGCAGCAGCAGCAUUGGAGGAAGAGGAGGAAGACAGCGAAGCAGAAAGAAAGAAGCAGUUAGAAGCACAAAGAAUCAGAGAGAGGGAGCGAGAGGAAGUUGCAGCACCCAAACGGCCUAAGAUGCUAGAAGCCGAAGAGCAAAUGAACAAACCUAGAGCCACUUACUUUGCUCUGACUGGUCAGAUUCAAGAGCCUGUGCAUAAAGGUGAGAGAGUGGAUGAGGAAGCAAUCUUAGGGAGCGUUAAACAAAGGAUGAAGGAGGUUCCGUUUGAUGAUUUCACUGUUAGAUCAGAGCAGUGGGGUCCUCAGAAUCCAAUUGCUCCAUUUAGAAGAAAUACUUCAUUGGAAGCUGCAGUGCAGAGAGAUUCGCAAGAGGAGCUGUAUAAAAAUGACACUGGACCAAGAACAGAUCACAGGUUAGAAGACAGGGAACGGCAAAAAGCAUUCAGGGAGGAGAUGGAAAUAGAGAGACAAAGACUAGCAGAGUUUGAAAAGGUGAAGGAAUUGGAAAGGCAGCAAGAAAUUAAGAAACAGAGAGAUUUGGAGAUUGAGAAACAAAAAAUUGAAAGGGAGAAAAAGAAAGAAAUUGAGAAAGAGAAAGAGAGACAAAAGGAGUUGGAAAGACAGAGAGAGCAAGAGAGGGAGAAUCAAAGGGAGUUGGAAAGACAAAGGGAAAUUGAACGCCAGAAACGAGAAAAGGAGCGACAGAAACAAAUUGAAUAUGAGCGAAUGAAGGCUGCAGAAAGAGAACUAGAGCAGCAGAGAGAGUUUGAGAGGCAACGACAGAAAGAGUUUGAACGAGAGCAAGAGAGAAUGCUUGACCAAGAGAGGCUUAGGCUUAGAGAAUUUGAAAAACAGAAGGAAAUGGAGAGAGAAAGAAAGAGACAGCUGGAGUUGGACAGACAAUGGGAAAUCGAAAGACAAAAGCAGAGAGAACUUGAAAAACAAAGAGAGAUGGAGAGGCUAAAGGAGUUAGAAAGACAGCGAGAAUGGGAGAGGCAACGAGAGUUGGAGAAACAGAAAGAGCAAGAGAGGGAAAGACAGAGACAGUUGGAAAGGCAGAGAGAACUGGACAGGCAAAGGGAACUUGAGAGGCAACAAGAGUUGGAGAGACAACUGGAGAUUGAAAGACAGAGGGAGACUGAAAGGCUAAAAGAACUUGAAAGACAGACACAGAGAGAGCUGGAGAUUGAGAAAUGGAAGCGACAGAAAGCAGAGGAGAGGGAGACCAAGAAAGAGCUGGAAGAACUUGAGAGGAUCAAGGCGCUUGAGCGACAACAGCUUCUUGAUUUUGAGUUGCAGAGACAGCGGGAAAAGCAACUCCAGCAAGAGCAAGCGAAACGGAGAUCAAAAAAAGAACGAGAAGACAGACAAAAGCUGUCUGAACGGCAGAGAGCAUCAGGAAGGCAUCGGAUGGAGACAGAGCAAGAGAAGUCUAUACCUACAUCUCCGCUUCGGCCAAAAGUUCUAGAUCUGGAUGCAGUGUCUCUUGGUUUUAGGACUGGUCGAGACAGCCAUGAGAAUAGCCCCACAGCCCGAUGGAAGCAGCCCUCACUUCAUCCUAAUGAGCUUUACAAACCUGGCAUCUUAGAUAUUGAUUCAUUCAGGAGUCAAACCCAACCUGAUACCUUCUCUUCAACUGGAGGUUUAGAGUCAGGAAGUGUUGGUUCAGUGAUUCAAGCUCGUCCACAGGCCACACAACCAAAUGUUCUCCAACCACAAACAGCAUCUCAAGUUCAGUCUCCUCCUCAGUCCCAGUUUCACCCUCAGUCCCAGGCUUUCUUCCAGCCCUCCCCAGCAGAACGUAUGAGAACUCAACUCCCGCCACCCCUGCAACCUCAAAUUCUGCAUCAAACCCAACCUCAUUCAUUGCCGUUUGCUAGAGAAAGACCUAGGCCACAAACACACUCAUUGAUUGAGACCUCAGAUUGGCCCUUUGGUGCUCAGCAGUCAAAUAAUGCUUGGGGACAUACUAAAGCAGAGUUGGCUGUAGAUGAGCCCCUUUGGGUAUCAGCCAUGGAAGGAUCCAGAAGACCAGUUAGCACCAGACCUGGUGGCCUUGAGCAGCAACUCUUGAGUCAUGAGGAUAGAGGUUCAAUGAACAUUUUGACACCCAGUUCAGCCUCUUCCAUGAGUCCAGUCUUCACUCCUGUACUGCAUCCCAAUAUUGCACCACCCAUGGUUCCAAUUCAAACUCCUGUGCCGACUGCACAACCAGGUCUUGGACCAAUUCAAACUCCUAUGCUGACUGCACAACCAGGUCUUGGACCAAUUCAAACUCCUAUUCUGACUGCACAACCAGGUCUUGGACCAAUUCAAACUCCUAUGCUGACUGCACAACCAGGUCUUGGACCAAUUCAAACUCCUAUUCUGACUGCACAACCAGGUCUUGGACCAAUUCAAACUCCUAUGCUGACUGCACGACCAGGUUUUGGAACAAUUCAAACUCCUGUGCCGACUGCACAACCAUGUCUUCGUCCCUCUGUAGCCCCUAUACUGACCCCAGAGAGAUGCUGGACCUCAGAACCUUUGAAUGUGGGGUCAAGUGGAGCUUUGGUUCCUCCUCCCACAAAGCCAUUAGUUAAGAAAGAGACUUCAGUACCCACUAGUCAUGUUGCAACCUUCUCUGUCACUGAUCCUAUAUGGAGUCCAAACUGGGAGCUGGCUUCCCAGGGACAGAGAGAGAACCGUGCCUCGCACAGGGACAAAGUACAACAGAAACGUUCAAGGAGUAUGUGUCGAAGAUCUGCCCCCACGGAAAGUUCUGCUGAUGGUCCGCUUACCCACGUGAGAACUCGCAGAAGUCGCAGUGCACACAAAGAAAGAAGUGGAGAGACCUCGGAGCUGGUAAAGCAGUGUGGUAGUGGACCGGAGGAGAAUAAAGAUACAGACAAUCUGGUGCAGGAGACCGACAGUCAGUAUGGCACAUGGGAGACAGGACUCCACACAGAUGACAGCCUCACUCCAGCUACACCUUCAUCUGAUGACAACCUCACCCCAUCUCCACGGAAGCCCACCCCACCCCACACGGCCGAACAGCCCCUUCUCUUCGACACGCCAGAUGGCUUGACCACAUCUCCUCAAAAGCAGAUAGAGCUCCCAUUCCCAGAGACCCCCACAACACUGUUAGACUCUAGUGCACUACGUGCCAGGGUCAGCCUGAACAAGAAGAGCACUCGCAGAGCCCUGCCCUCUCGAGCCGCCCGUCACAGCGCCCUCUUAUCACAAGUACCCGAGGGAACCGGAGCAGAUGAUGAAUGGCACUAUAAGGACUCAACAGAGGAGAAGACGGGCUCUUCUAAGCAGGGUGAGGAGUCAGACUCUGAGGAGCAGGCCAAGGGAAUUGAAUCCUGUACUUCCUCCAUGUCUCAGCCUCAGAGAGUGGCACUCUUCCCUGGCAUGGACCCAUCUGCUCUCAAGGCUCAGCUAAAGAAGAGAGGAGAGUCAGACAAUCAGACAGACGGCCCUUCACCCUCUCAGCUCUCACGCUCACCCAAAUCUCCGUUCUUGCCUCGAGCCGCCCGUGUGCUGCCUCCUGCUGGCGGUAAAGAGAAUGGAGAAGAGUCCUCACCUCAGUGGCUGAAAGAACUAAAGACUAAAAAACGUUUGAGUCAGUAUGAAAACGACAGUACAGCCUGAACAAGCAGGAUGCCUUAUAACUGCAGUAUCUGUAGCUGUAACUUGUGACAGAAGCCUUAACCUUUGACCUGGAGUUGACGGGAAUUCUGCUGCUGCUGACUACAACAUCAUUCUGUUUCAUUGGUUUUUCUGGCCUUCCUCUCCAGCCUGAGUCGUGUACAUGUGCAUGGUGCCUUUCUAAAAGAUUUCUUACUGACAUAAAGGGUGAAGCAGAGAUCUGUGUGUGAAGUGUGUGUCCACGUAUGCGUUGUCGAGUUUCUCUUCAGCUCUUCGUCACACGAGAGAAUUAUUUUUGCAUAGAGCCACUUUAACCUCUAGCGAGCGAGAGAUCAUCCUUUAUAGUGGAACUGUGGGACCACACGCACCUACGAGUAACCUGAAGUGCUUCAUAUAACUGGAGUAUGAUGUUGGUUUAUUUUUACCCUUGUAUGUUCAUAUUAGCACAGCUUUCAUGCUGUUUGUUUGUUUGUUUGUCAUAUUCUCAUUGUUUUUGUUCAGUUGAUGGUUAUAGGUAUCAGUUGCACAUGCAUUUCCAUAGGCGAUCACAAUUUUAUUUCUAAACUUUAAUAGUCGACAAAUCAAAGCUGAGCUGUCUGUAUAGAAAGUGUAUUUAGUUAUGAUGAAAUGUUAAUCACAGAAUGUUAUAUUUGUAUUAAUGUCGGUUUGAAAGGAAAAUGGUACAUUUUUAAUUAUCAUGAGUUAAAAUUCAAGAACAGCGGUCCCUGUAUGUGUGUUGAUGUGCGUGUGGAAUCCUGUUUGGAUGGGCCACUGAAUGAAUUUAGUUCAUCAUUUGUUUGCACAUGUCUACACUCCUAAUAACUCGUUUUUUUUUUUUGUUCAGAUUUGAGACAUUCAGACAUGCAAAGGUCUGUGUGCUGCCUCAGUUUGUCUAGCUUUCACCGUUCCAUCAUAUCCUCCAUCAUGUUUGAAUCCAUAAUAAUAUCAUGAUUGGAAAAAUUGCGCAUGUACAAUCAGUCAUUUCCCUUUACGCUCUUCUUUUUAUCCCAAUACUUUACUUGCUUAAACAAUGGGCCAAAAAUGGUAAUGGGAAAUUGCACAAUCAGCAUAUAAAUCUGUUUUUCUUCCCUUAUAAGAUAAUGAAUUAAUACAGAAGGGAAAAGUUUCAUUUGUGUCCCUCACUCUUGGUUACACACGUCUUUGAGUUCUUCUCUUUUGUUUACUAGUUUGCUUAAGGGAAAUUUGAAAUGUCAAAGUACUGUAAACAUUGUUCACAUUACAUUGCACACUUGUUACGGUAUUUAAAAAAAAAAAAACCGCUGGGCCACUCCCACCUAACAAGCACUAUUCACCUGUUAAUGAACAGCGGUUCUGACCAGUAGUCACUUUUGUAACGCAUGUGACUUCACACGUGACGUCAAUGUUGUGAUGUUGGUAUGCUGACGGUAUGUGAGUAAUGUGUCCUACGUUUUUUUAUUUUUUAUUAUCAGCUUCUUUUCAUUGUCUGCCUAUCGUUGUUAUAGUCUGUUUAAGGGUAAUUUGUCCUUUUUAUUUUAAAUUUGACUGUAAAGAUGUUUAUUGCACUGUUGUAAUGCCAGUGUCUAA